AGUUUUAGUCUUACCUGUUUUGACACACGUCACACCAGGAAGCCAGGACAACGCUGACGAGGGCGCAAAGUGUCUCUUGUCAUUAGUCUUUGAUCCGCACACAAGAAUCCGUGACCUGUAUUUACAGACGACAUGAUGAACAACAGUCUAUCUAGUCUGAAGCCAGCAGCAGCCAUGUCGAGCAAGCGCGCCAAGGGCAAGACGACAAAGAAGCGCCCCCAGAGGGCCACGUCCAACGUCUUCGCCAUGUUUGACCAGUCCCAGAUCCAGGAGUUCAAGGAGGCCUUCAACAUGAUUGACCAGAACAGGGACGGCUUCAUCGACAAGGAGGACCUGCACGACACACUGGCCUCUUUGGGUAAAAACCCCUCUGAUGAGUAUCUGGAGGGCAUGAUGAGCGAAGCCCCGGGGCCCAUAAACUUCACCAUGUUUCUCACCAUGUUUGGAGAGAGGCUCAACGGCACCGACCCCGAGGACGUCAUCCGCAACGCUUUUGCCUGCUUCGAUGAGGAAGGAGCCGGUGUGCUCCACGAGGACCACCUGAGGGAGCUGCUCACCACCAUGGGCGACCGCUUCACCGACGACGAGGUGGACGAGCUGUUCCGCGAGGCGCCCAUCGACAAGAAGGGCAACUUCAACUACGGAGAGUUCACCCGCAUCCUCAAACAUGGCGCCAAGGAGAAGGACGAUGAGUAGAGGCCAGGGAAGCCCCCGCACGCACGCACCUGGUUCCUGCUCUUUAGAAAUAGUCUUUGGGGGUCAUCAUCUUGAAGAAGUGUGGAUCUCACAUCAAGAGAUCAGUCCUUGCUAAAUACCAGCUUUCUUGUUACUCGGCGACAGUAUAUCACUCCCCACCCCCAGCAUUACUAUUAUAGCACAAUCCAAUGGGGGCGGGGCUUCUAAUGUUCUAGGGUGCAAGUCGCUCGACUGACUCAAGUCGGUUUCGCUCGUUCGUCCCGUUAAGCUACGGUUUCUUUUUCACUGAAACAAAUGGAACAGGAAGUCGACGGUGUAGAAAUUAAAGCAUGUGUCAACUGAAACUUUGGAACUUGUAUUAAAAAUGGUUGAUAAAUAAAAUGUCAGAGCUAAAAA